CUCCGCCGGGCACCGGAGGCGGAGCGGCGGCUCGGGGGGGCGCCAUGUUACGCGGCUGCGGGCGCGGCGUGGUUGGUGCGCUGCGGGGCGCGGCGGGGAGCCGCCGGGCGAGCGGGCAGGAGCAGGAACAGGGCCCCGGGCCGGGGCAGCCGCUGGAGCCGUCGCUGCUGCGCUUCUUGGUGUGCCCGCUCUCCAAGCGGCCGCUGAGGUACGAAGAAUCGACUAACGAGCUCAUUAACGAGGAGCUGGGCAUCGCGUACCCCGUCAUCGAUGGCAUCCCUAACAUGAUCCCGGAGGCAGCCCGGACGACGCGGAAGCGGCCCCCGGCAGAGGGCUCGGAGCAGCCGUGAGGCGACACGGCGAUGGCAGGGAGCGGCCUGCUCCCCUCCCUGCCCACGCUGACCGUGCUCGUUCCUCUCCUGUCCCUAGCGGGCUUGUUCUACUCGGCCAGCGUGGAUGAAACCUUCCC